AUGGCUACGAGCUUCAAAUCGAAGAAGCAUUUAACACAGAUUUCACAGAAAAUCAAGAACCGGAAAGAGAAAUCAUCGAUCUCUCUCUCUCUCUCGGGAUCUUCCGGACACGGCGGUUAUGGCGGUCCUCCUCCUCCAUCGUCGGGGUACGGCGGUUACGGAGCUCCGUCGGGGCACGGCGGUUACGGAGGUCCUCCUCCGCCGGGGCCGGGGCCUUAUGGGAGUCCGUUUGCGUCGUUAAUUCCGUCGGCGUUUCCUCCGGGGACGGAUCCGAAUAUCGUGGCUUGCUUCCAGGCGGCGGAUCAGGAUGGGAGUGGGUUCAUCGACGACAAGGAGCUUCAGGGUGCUCUCUCUACGUAUAAUCAGAGCUUCAGCUUGAGAACGGUUCAUCUUCUCAUGUAUCUCUUCACCAACAGCAACGUCAGGAAGAUCGGUCCAAAGGAGUUCACUUCGCUAUUUUACAGUCUUCAGAGCUGGAGGUCCAUUUUCGAGAGAUUUGACAAGGACAGGAGCGGUAGGAUAGAUGUGAACGAGCUGAGAGAUGCACUCUUGAGCCUCGGCUUUUCCGUGUCGCCUGUGGUCUUGGAUCUGCUGGUUUCCAAGUUUGACAAAAGUGGAGGCAAGAACAGAGCCAUCGAAUAUGAUAACUUCAUCGAGUGCUGCUUAACGGUCAAGGGACUGACGGAGAAGUUCAAGGAGAAAGAUACGUCAUACUCUGGCUCGGCUACGUUCACUUACGAAGCCUUCAUGCUCACCGUUCUUCCUUUCCUCGUCGCAUAAGGAGGAAGGUUGCGGAGGUAAUAUUCCUUACCUCACUUUCUCGGGUUUUCUUUGAACAGGUUUUUACCGCGUGAAUGCUCGAAUUCUUGUUUUCUUUGUUAAGAAUGUGUAUUCGGAUUUCCAUGGGAAAAACCAAUCUGGCGUUUUCCCAUUUCCUCGGAUCUCAUGCUGUUCUUGCCUGAUAUGCAAGUCUAGGGAUGAGCUUGUUUCUUUUCUUAAUACUCGCGAAAUAAACCGAGACUAGUGUCUUAUGAUGAGUCCUCGCAUCUGAUUUGAUUCAAGAAAUAUAAUACGGGCUUGACGAGGGCCAGAGCUGCUAUGCAAGAGUUGUAAUGAAGAAAAUGCAAGAGAUCACUGUCAAUACAAUGACAUCUGUCCUCUUGUCUCAUAUAAACCCGUGUGUGGAUAUUGACAAUCGAUAUCCGAAAUGCAAAGAUCGAGUUCUCAUGUCAUCAACCAUCCCUUUAAAAUCAUGCUUUUUUAAAUAUU